ACCAGUCCGUGGAGCUAAGCCUAAAUAUGGAACCCAAGCGCGCAAGGCCUGGAUCCAUUGCCUUGUGCGGUUUGAACCGAAAGUCAUUCUGCUCGCAGUCGUAAUUACCUUUUCAUUUCCGUUUCCAGUUUUUGGUUUUGGACAAUUGGACAAUAGAAACAGAGUUUUGUCAAGAAAUUUUUCUGUGGCCAUGGUUCACUGAGGGGACUAAAGAUAUUUAAAAGAAACCGCGGGAGAAACGUCCAUCUUGCAGCCAGCAACAGCACUCUCUUCUACUCAACCAAAAAAUGGUGGCCACUCUUUCCUUUGUUUCCGUCACUCCCCACGUCAAGUCACAGCGUCAGUGCAUCAUUUUCCGGCGAAAUUAUGGCCACAAACAAUGCAGAAUUAGAUGCAAUGGAGGGAACCCAAGGAGCGAUUUGCCCACCAGACAAGAAUCUGCACCCGAAAAUGCUCUUCUCAAGGUAGCCUGGUAUGGCUCCGAGCUUUUGGGGAUUGCUGCUUCCUUUCUCCGACCACCUUCGAAUGUUGAAGAAGCUGCCAAGAACGAUCUCAAGCUUGGCAUAGAUGGGUCAGGAGCUAUUGAUCGUACAGCAGUCGUUCAAACCAUAAAAAAUGACUUUGAAAGAUCAUACUUUGUCACUGGGCAACUUACACUUGAUGCAUACGAAGAGGAUUGUGAAUUUGCUGAUCCAGCGGGUUCCUUCAAAGGGCUUCGACGUUUCAAAAGGAACUGCACAAACUUUGGGUCUCUUAUUGAAAAGUCAAGUAUGAAGCUUAUGAAGUGGGAGGACUUUGAGAACAAGGGAGUGGGACACUGGCGUUUCAGCUGUGUAAUGUCAUUCCCUUGGAGACCUAUUCUUUCUGCUACUGGUUAUACAGAGUAUUAUUUUGAUGCACAAUCUGGAAAAGUGUGCAGGCACGUGGAGCACUGGAAUGUUCCCAAAAUGGCAUUGCUGAAGCAACUUCUGAGGCCUACUCGGGGUUUCUGGCUUAAGAGAAAAAACAGCUGAAGAGCAUGUCUAAGGAAACCUCUGAAGCAUCUCCUCCUCAUACUUAAGAUGAUGGAUCUUCCUUCUGAGAUAAAAAUCAUUUCUCAGGGCAACAAAAUUUAACACCUGAACGUGGAAGAGACUUAUUCUGGAUGUUGUGGAACUUUUAAUUCAUUGGAAGUUGUCAUCUGGUCAUCUGAUGUAUGUAAGUAAAAUCAGCCACUGUAUAGUAUUCAGACUGAAAACACGUAGAAGUAGGCAUCAUACACCUCAAAUUUUGUAAAAAGAAUCCUGGUUGGAACCUGUAUAAUCUGCCAUGUUGGUCCUCUUUUAGGCAGUCGAUAUAUAUCUUCCUGUAAUCCUAUAUGUACUUUUUCUAGUCAACUGUGUACUGUGAUCGUCGUGUUCAA